UGUGGUCGAUGUAUACCUGUGACGAAACUGCAACGAAAGAAACGUAGCACGCGGUGGGUGACCAUGGAGGAGCCUGGGGAGUUCAACGACAUUGAGCCUGCUGGCUUCAACGAUGCAGGCAGCGCUGUUGACUCAGCGUACGACGGCGAAGCUCAAAGCGAAACAGCUUCCCUGAGCGAAAGUAUUGCUGCACAUCGAAUCGAAAAUGGCCGGCGAUAUACAGCCCACAAAGACGGAGAAAAUUACUGGGCUCCCCAUGACGAAGACCAGCACGAUCAACUGGACAUUGCUCAUCACAUCUUCCUUCUACUAUUCGACGAAAAGCUUACACUGGCGCCCAUCAAGCCCAAUGCAAAGGUACUGGAUGUCGGGACUGGCACGGGCAUUUGGGCGAUCGAUUUUGCGGACGAGCAUCCCGAGGCUGAAGUCAUAGGCACGGACAUCACUCCAGCGAUGCCUUCGUGGGUACCGCCAAAUGUCCGCUUUGAACUGGACGACUGCACGAAAGACUGGUCAUUCCCUGAAAACACCUUCGACUUCAUUCAUGUACGAUGUCUGUACGGCUCAAUAGAGAACUGGCCCGAGCUAUACGCCAAGAUCCUGCGACAUCUGAAACCAGGUGGUUGGUUCGAGCAAGUGGAGUACUCCGUGUGCUGGCGCAGUGACGACGACUCGAUCCCUGCAGGCCACAUCUUUCCCACUGCAUCUUCUCUUUACAUCGAAGCCGGCGAGAAGAUGGGCCGGACGUUCCGCAUCUGGGAGUUGCAGAAGGAACUGAUCGAUGCGGCUGGGUUCGAGAACACGUCGGAGCGCAGAUUCAAGAUGCCGCUCGGACCGUGGGCGGCUGACGCAAAGCUGAAGGAGAUUGGAAGGUGGCAUCUGUUGGAGGCGUAUCAAGGCAUCGAGGGUUGGACGAUGGCUCUUCUGACGAGGAUUCUCGGAUGGAAGUACGAAGAGGUGCAGGUCUUCCUGGCCAAGGUGAGGGAAGGUCUCGGCCAGACGAAGAAAAUGCACACGUAUACGAGUGGAUCGGUGGUGAUAGGGCAGAAGCCGCUGGAGUGA